GAAGGCAUACGGUUUUCUUACCUCUUUUGUCUAUUUUCAGUUAGUUGAAAAGUAUUGUGUUAGCCAGCUAUUUUGUUUGUAUUUUUGGAAAUAAACGUGGAGAUUUUUUUAUAUUUUUUCGUUACAAACAAAACGCUCUCCUGUGUGGAUUUGUGGAGCUACAGCUGAGCUACGGACACGGCCUGUGGAGUUCAACUUAUGGCAAUAGACUGAUGUCUGCCUUCUUGUCUGUCUCAGCCUGCUCCGCCCUGUCGAUGGCGUUCUCCUUGUCCAGCUUCAGCAUCUGCAUCUUCUUCUUGAUGGCCUCCAUGGUGUCAGAUUUGGCUUGGCCAAAGGAGAAAACGGCAGCUUCAAGAGUCUUCUCAGGCUUUGGGAGACACUGGAGGACGCUGGAGGUGUCCACGGGGGAAUAAAGGGGGAGAAAGAAGGGAGGGCCCUAUAUGGGGAGUGAUGUCAAGCACCACGUCCAUCCCUCCUUCAACGCUCUGCAUGCACCCCAUGCCGUACCCUGCCUAUCACCCUCUCACACCUCCCCUAUCUCACCACCCAUCCUGGAAGGACUGGUCUGGAUCACUUGUCUGCCUUCCUGGGACAUCUCCUUAUUUGGCAGUGGUGUGAGAGAGAGAGAGAGACGCCACUCCACAUCCAACCAAAGCACAUACUCCAAAGGACCUAUUUUAAAGAAAAUACUGUACAUCCACCAUGUAUGUCCACCAUGUUCCUUCAUAUCCACCAUGUAUGUCCACCAUGUACCUCCAUAUCCACCAUGUAUGUCCACCAUGAAAGUCCAUCAUGAAUGUCCACAUCCAUCAUGUCCAUCUGCCAUGUAUGUCCGCAUCCACCAUGUACGUCCACCAUGUACAUCCACUUCCACCAUGUAUGUCCACCAUGUACAUCCAUCAUGCAUGUCUAGGUCCAUCAUAUAUAUCCACGUCCACCAUAUAUGUCCACAUCCAUCAUGUACAUCCACUAUGUAUGUCCACUAUACCAUGUAUGUCCAUCAUACACGUCCACCAUAUACGUAUAUCCACGUCCACCAUGUAUGUGCACCAUGUACACCCAUCAUGUAUGUUCAUGUACACCAUGUACAUCCACAUCCACCAUGUACAUCCACAUCCACCAUGUACAUCCAUCAUGUAGUAUGUCUACAUCCACUAUUUAUGUCCUGGAUGUACGACCAUGUCCACAAUGUAUGCCCACCAUGUACUUCCAUGUCCACCAUGUACAUCAACCAUGUAUGUCUACCAUAUAUGUCCACCUCCACCAUGUACUUCCAUGUCCACAAUGUAUGUCCACCAUGUACUUCCAUGUCCACCAUGUAUGUCCAUGUCCACCAUGUACGUUCACAUCCACCAUGUAUGUCCAGGAUGUACGUCCAUGUCCACUAUGUUUGUCCACCAUGUACUUCCAUGUACAUCCAUGUGCACCAUGUAUGUCCACCAUGUACAUCCAUGUCCAUCAUGUAUGUCUAUGUCCACCUUGUAUGUCCACCUCCACCAUGAACGUCCAACAUGUAUGUCCACCAUGUACAUCCAUGUCCACCAUGUAUGUCCACCAUAUACAUUCACAUCCACCAUGUAUGUCCAGGAUGUACGUCCAUGUCCACCAUGUACGUCCACCUCCACCAUGUACGUCCACCAUGUACUUCCAUGUCCACCAUGUAUGUCCACAUCCACAUUGUAUGUCCAGGAUGUACGUCCACGUCCACCAUGUACAUCCAUGUCCACCAUGUAUGUCCACAUCCACCAUGUACGUCCACCAUGGACUUCCAUGUCCACCAUAUAUGUCCACAUCCACCAUGUACGUCCAUGUCCACCACCACGUAUGUCCACCAUGUAUGUCCACCAUAUACAUUCACAUCCACCAUGUAUGUCCAGGAUGUACGUCCAUGUCCACCAUGUAUGUCCACCUCCACCAUGUACGUCCACCAUGUACUUCCAUGCCCACCAUGUAUGUCCACCUCCAUCAUGUACGUCCAACAUGUACUUCCAUGUCCACCAUGUAUGUCCACAUCCACCAUGUACGUCCACCAUGUAUGUCCAUGUCCACCAUGUACAUCCACUAUGUAUGUCCACAUCCACCAUGUACGUCCAUGUAUGUCCAAUUCUUUUGGUUUCUUUGUUCCAACCUACCAGUAUAGCUAGUUGUAAGAUUUUGUUGGGAAAAUUGCCUCUUACUAGCCCAGGAUAGUCAUAGCCUCUGAAAGGUACACCAGACCAUGGGGUUGAGAGCUCUUCAGGUUUAUUUUUACCAGACAGUCCAGCAGUAUUUUCCCCAGCACACACCAGGCUUCCCCCCAACAAUUCACCCAGUACAUUUUACCAGUGAAAGUCCAACCAUAAAUCCCCAAUGAGAGGGUGAGGCAAUUUCUACAAAAGGUACCAUAUUUAUAUUUUCAACACCCUUCCCUUAUGUUAAAAAAGCAUUUCAAUAUUACAUAUAAGUUUUAAUUUCUGGAUAUAUUUUAACAACUAUUUUUAACUAUACAUUUACUAAGAUAAACUACCCAGUUAACCUCCCCCUCCUCCAGGUGACACUUGGGAGAGUCCAAUCAAGGUGAUGAUAUGCAUCUGGCCUGAACUAACUAACUAAAAUGGCAAUUAAACAACUUCAACGGCAAACAAAUGUAACUAAAGUACUAACCAGAAUGUUUAUGUGUAACUAACAGAAGAAAACUAUAUACACAAAUAGAAAACAUGACAGUGUGCAGUACAUAGAAAUACUUGAUACUAAGACUAAAUAGAAAUACUAUACUGCAGUACUUGAUGCUCCAACACUGUAGGGAGAUAAUGUCUUCUCAUAUCUCCAAGCAUAGCAUCUGUACCUAAUGUUGUGGCUGUUGGCCGUGC